AUGCCAAACACUAAACAUUGUGUGUUUUUAAUAGCAUGUGGUCAAGGAUAUUAUGGUGCUGAAUGUCAACAAGAAUGUGGACACUGUCAUGACUUAACUCAGUGCGUCCACACCAACGGGUCAUGUUUAACGGGAUGCGAAGUUGGUUAUCAUGGGGAAACAUGCCAAAUACCUUGCCCAUACGGAUUCUUUGGACUGGAUUGUGCUGACAGAUGUAAAGACACCUGCGAUGGUUGUAACAGAUUCAAUGGUUCUUGUGAUUCUGGGUGUAACCCUGGAUGGCAGGGAUAUGACUGCCAAGAUGCUUGUGACCAGGGAUCAUUUGGAGAUAACUGCCUUCAAAAAUGCGGGCACUGUCGUGACGUCAACCAAUGUUCCAAUAUUAAUGGGACUUGUUUGACAGGAUGUGAUGCUGGUUAUCAAGGGGACUUGUGUAAAACACCUUGCCCAUACGGAUUCUUUGGACUGGAUUGUGCUGACAGAUGUAAAGACACAUGCGAUGGUUGUAACAGAUUCAAUGGUUCUUGUGAUUCUGGGUGUAACCCUGGAUGGCAGGGAUAUGACUGCCAAGAUGCUUGUGACCAGGGAUCAUUUGGAGAUAACUGCCUUCAAAAAUGCGGGCACUGUCGUGACGUCAACCAAUGUUCCAAUAUUAAUGGGACUUGUUUGACAGGAUGUGAUGCUGGUUAUCAAGGGGACUUGUGUAAAACACCUUGCCCAUACGGAUUCUUUGGACUGGAUUGUGCUGACAGAUGUAAAGACACCUGCGAUGGUUGUAACAGAUUCAAUGGUUCUUGUGAUUCUGGGUGUAACCCUGGAUGGCAGGGAUAUGACUGCCAAGAUGCUUGUGACCAGGGAUCAUUUGGAGAUAACUGCCUUCAAAAAUGCGGGCACUGUCGUGACGUCAACCAAUGUUCCAAUAUUAAUGGGACUUGUUUGACAGGAUGUGAUGCUGGUUAUCAAGGGGACUUGUGUAAAACACCUUGCCCAUACGGAUUCUUUGGACUGGAUUGUGCUGACAGAUGUAAAGACACCUGCGAUGGUUGUAACAGAUUCAAUGGUUCUUGUGAUUCUGGGUGUAACCCUGGAUGGCAGGGAUAUGACUGCCAAGAUGCUUGUGACCAGGGAUCAUUUGGAGAUAACUGCCUUCAAAAAUGCGGGCACUGUCGUGACGUCAACCAAUGUUCCAAUAUUAAUGGGACUUGUUUGACAGGAUGUGAUGCUGGUUAUCAAGGGGACUUGUGUAAAACACCAUGUGGUCAAGGAUAUUAUGGUGCUGAAUGUCAACAAGAAUGUGGACACUGUCAUGACUUAACUCAGUGCGUCCACACCAACGGGUCAUGUUUAACGGGAUGCGAAGUUGGUUAUCAUGGGGAAACAUGCCAAACACCUUGCCCAUACGGAUUCUUUGGACUGGAUUGUGCUGACAGAUGUAAAGACACCUGCGAUGGUUGUAACAGAUUCAAUGGUUCUUGUGAUUCUGGGUGUAACCCUGGAUGGCAGGGAUAUGACUGCCAAGAUGCUUGUGACCAGGGAUCAUUUGGAGAUAACUGCCUUCAAAAAUGCGGGCACUGUCGUGACGUCAACCAAUGUUCCAAUAUUAAUGGGACUUGUUUGACAGGAUGUGAUGCUGGUUAUCAAGGGGACUUGUGUAAAACACCAUGUGGUCAAGGAUAUUAUGGUGCUGAAUGUCAACAAGAAUGUGGACACUGUCAUGACUUAACUCAGUGCGUCCACACCAACGGGUCUUGUUUAACGGGAUGCGAAGUUGGUUAUCAUGGGGAAACAUGCCAAACACCUUGCCCAUACGGAUUCUUUGGACUGGAUUGUGCUGACAGAUGUAAAGACACCUGCGAUGGUUGUAACAGAUUCAAUGGUUCUUGUGAUUCUGGGUGUAACCCUGGAUGGCAGGGAUAUGACUGCCAAGAUGCUUGUGACCAGGGAUCAUUUGGAGAUAACUGCCUUCAAAAAUGCGGGCACUGUCGUGACGUCAACCAAUGUUCCAAUAUUAAUGGGACUUGUUUGACAGGAUGUGAUGCUGGUUAUCAAGGGGACUUGUGUAAAACACCAUGUGGUCAAGGAUAUUAUGGUGCUGAAUGUCAACAAGAAUGUGGACACUGUCAUGACUUAACUCAGUGCGUCCACACCAACGGGUCAUGUUUAACGGGAUGCGAAGUUGGUUAUCAUGGGGAAACAUGCCAAACACCUUGCCCAUACGGAUUCUUUGGACUGGAUUGUGCUGACAGAUGUAAAGACACCUGCGAUGGUUGUAACAGAUUCAAUGGUUCUUGUGAUUCUGGGUGUAACCCUGGAUGGCAGGGAUAUGACUGCCAAGAUGCUUGUGACCAAGGAUCAUUUGGAGAUAACUGCCUUCAAAAAUGCGGGCACUGUCGUGACGUCAACCAAUGUUCCAAUAUUAAUGGGACUUGUUUGACAGGAUGUGAUGCUGGUUAUCAAGGGGACUUGUGUAAAACACCAUGUGGUCAAGGAUAUUAUGGUGCUGAAUGUCAACAAGAAUGUGGACACUGUCAUGACUUAACUCAGUGCGUCCACACCAACGGGUCAUGUUUAACGGGAUGCGAAGUUGGUUAUCAUGGGGAAACAUGCCAAACACCUUGCCCAUACGGAUUCUUUGGACUGGAUUGUGCUGACAUAUGUAAAGACACCUGCGAAGGUUGUAACAGAUUCAAUGGUUCUUGUGAUUCUGGGUGUAACCUUGGAUGGCAGGGAUAUGACUGCCAAGAUGCUUGUGACCAGGGAUCAUUUGGAGAUAACUGCCUUCAAAAAUGCGGGCACUGUCGUGACGUCAACCAAUGUUCCAAUAUUAAUGGGACUUGUUUGACAGGAUGUGAUGCUGGUUAUCAAGGGGACUUGUGUAAAACACCAUGUGGUCAAGGAUAUUAUGGUGCUGAAUGUCAACAAGAAUGUGGACACUGUCAUGACUUAACUCAGUGCGUCCACACCAACGGGUCAUGUUUAACGGGAUGCGAAGUUGGUUAUCAUGGGGAAACAUGCCAAACACCUUGCCCAUACGGAUUCUUUGGACUGGAUUGUGCUGACAGAUGUAAAGACACCUGCGAUGGUUGUAACAGAUUCAAUGGUUCUUGUGAUUCUGGGUGUAACCCUGGAUGGCAGGGAUAUGACUGCCAAGAUGCUUGUGACCAAGGAUCAUUUGGAGAUAACUGCCUUCAAAAAUGCGGGCACUGUCGUGACGUCAACCAAUGUUCCAAUAUUAAUGGGACUUGUUUGACAGGAUGUGAUGCUGGUUAUCAAGGGGACUUGUGUAAAACACCAUGUGGUCAAGGAUAUUAUGGUGCUGAAUGUCAACAAGAAUGUGGACACUGUCAUGACUUAACUCAGUGCGUCCACACCAACGGGUCAUGUUUAACGGGAUGCGAAGUUGGUUAUCAUGGGGAAACAUGCCAAACACCUUGCCCAUACGGAUUCUUUGGACUGGAUUGUGCUGACAUAUGUAAAGACACCUGCGAAGGUUGUAACAGAUUCAAUGGUUCUUGUGAUUCUGGGUGUAACCUUGGAUGGCAGGGAUAUGACUGCCAAGAUGCUUGUGACCAGGGAUCAUUUGGAGAUAACUGCCUUCAAAAAUGCGGGCACUGUCGUGACGUCAACCAAUGUUCCAAUAUUAAUGGGACUUGUUUGACAGGAUGUGAUGCUGGUUAUCAAGGGGACUUGUGUAAAACACCAUGUGGUCAAGGAUAUUAUGGUGCUGAAUGUCAACAAGAAUGUGGACACUGUCAUGACUUAACUCAGUGCGUCCACACCAACGGGUCAUGUUUAACGGGAUGCGAAGUUGGUUAUCAUGGGGAAACAUGCCAAACACCUUGCCCAUACGGAUUCUUUGGACUGGAUUGUGCUGACAGAUGUAAAGACACCUGCGAUGGUUGUAACAGAUUCAAUGGUUCUUGUGAUUCUGGGUGUAACCCUGGAUGGCAGGGAUAUGACUGCCAAGAUGCUUGUGACCAGGGAUCAUUUGGAGAUAACUGCCUUCAAAAAUGCGGGCACUGUCGUGACGUCAACCAAUGUUCCAAUAUUAAUGGGACUUGUUUGACAGGAUGUGAUGCUGGUUAUCAAGGGGACUUGUGUAAAACACCAUGUGGUCAAGGAUAUUAUGGUGCUGAAUGUCAACAAGAAUGUGGACAUUGUCAUGACUUAACUCAGUGCGUCCACACCAACGGGUCUUGUUUAACGGGAUGCGAAGUUGGUUAUCAUGGGGAAACAUGCCAAACACCUUGCCCAUACGGAUUCUUUGGACUGGAUUGUGCUGACAGAUGUAAAGACACCUGCGAUGGUUGUAACAGAUUCAAUGGUUCUUGUGAUUCUGGGUGUAACCCUGGAUGGCAGGGAUAUGACUGCCAAGAUGCUUGUGACCAGGGAUCAUUUGGAGAUAACUGCCUUCAAAAAUGCGGGCACUGUCGUGACGUCAACCAAUGUUCCAAUAUUAAUGGGACUUGUUUGACAGGAUGUGAUGCUGGUUAUCAAGGGGACUUGUGUAAAACACCUUGCCCAUACGGAUUCUUUGGACUGGAUUGUGCUGACAGAUGUAAAGACACCUGCGAUGGUUGUAACAGAUUCAAUGGUUCUUGUGAUUCUGGGUGUAACCCUGGAUGGCAGGGAUAUGACUGCCAAGAUGCUUGUGACCAGGGAUCAUUUGGAGAUAACUGCCUUCAAAAAUGCGGGCACUGUCGUGACGUCAACCAAUGUUCCAAUAUUAAUGGGACUUGUUUGACAGGAUGUGAUGCUGGUUAUCAAGGGGACUUGUGUAAAACACCUUGCCCAUACGGAUUCUUUGGACUGGAUUGUGCUGACAGAUGUAAAGACACCUGCGAUGGUUGUAACAGAUUCAAUGGUUCUUGUGAUUCUGGGUGUAACCCUGGAUGGCAGGGAUAUGACUGCCAAGAUGCUUGUGACCAGGGAUCAUUUGGAGAUAACUGCCUUCAAAAAUGCGGGCACUGUCGUGACGUCAACCAAUGUUCCAAUAUUAAUGGGACUUGUUUGACAGGAUGUGAUGCUGGUUAUCAAGGGGACUUGUGUAAAACACCUUGCCCAUACGGAUUCUUUGGACUGGAUUGUGCUGACAGAUGUAAAGACACCUGCGAUGGUUGUAACAGAUUCAAUGGUUCUUGUGAUUCUGGGUGUAACCCUGGAUGGCAGGGAUAUGACUGCCAAGAUGCUUGUGACCAGGGAUCAUUUGGAGAUAACUGCCUUCAAAAAUGCGGGCACUGUCGUGACGUCAACCAAUGUUCCAAUAUUAAUGGGACUUGUUUGACAGGAUGUGAUGCUGGUUAUCAAGGGGACUUGUGUAAAACACCAUGUGGUCAAGGAUAUUAUGGUGCUGAAUGUCAACAAGAAUGUGGACACUGUCAUGACUUAACUCAGUGCGUCCACACCAACGGGUCUUGUUUAACGGGAUGCGAAGUUGGUUACCAUGGGGAAACAUGCCAAACACCUUGCCCAUACGGAUUCUUUGGACUGGAUUGUGCUGACAGAUGUAAAGACACCUGCGAUGGUUGUAACAGAUUCAAUGGUUCUUGUGAUUCUGGGUGUAACCCUGGAUGGCAGGGAUAUGACUGUCAAGAUGCUUGCCCAUACGGAUUCUUUGGACUGGAUUGUGCUGACAGAUGUAAAGACACCUGCGAUGGUUGUAACAGAUUCAAUGGUUCUUGUGAUUCUGGGUGUAACCCUGGAUGGCAGGGAUAUGACUGUCAAGAUGCUUGUGACCAGGGAUCAUUUGGAGAUAACUGCCUUCAAAAAUGCGGGCACUGUCGUGACGUCAACCAAUGUUCCAAUAUUAAUGGGACUUGUUUGACAGGAUGUGAUGCUGGUUAUCAAGGGGACUUGUGUAAAACACCAUGUGGUCAAGGAUAUUAUGGUGCUGAAUGUCAACAAGAAUGUGGACACUGUCAUGACUUAACUCAGUGCGUCCACACCAACGGGUCUUGUUUAACGGGAUGCGAAAUUGGUUAUCAUGGGGAAACAUGCCAAACACCUUGCCCAUACGGAUUCUUUGGACUGGAUUGUGCUGACAGAUGUAAAGACACCUGCGAUGGUUGUAACAGAUUCAAUGGUUCUUGUGAUUCUGGGUGUAACCCUGGAUGGCAGGGAUAUGACUGCCAAGAUGCUUGUGACCAGGGAUCAUUUGGAGAUAACUGCCUUCAAAAAUGCGGGCACUGUCGUGACGUCAACCAAUGUUCCAAUAUUAAUGGGACUUGUUUGACAGGAUGUGAUGCUGGUUAUCAAGGGGACUUGUGUAAAACACCAUGUGAUCAAGGAUAUUAUGGUGCUGAAUGUCAACAAGAAUGUGGACACUGUCAUGACUUAACUCAGUGCGUCCACACCAACGGGUCUUGUUUAACGGGAUGCGAAGUUGGUUACCAUGGGGAAACAUGCCAAACACCUUGCCCAUACGGAUUCUUUGGACUGGAUUGUGCUGACAGAUGUAAAGACACCUGCGAUGGUUGUAACAGAUUCAAUGGUUCUUGUGAUUCUGGGUGUAACCCUGGAUGGCAGGGAUAUGACUGUCAAGAUGCUUGUGACCAGGGAUCAUUUGGAGAUAACUGCCUUCAAAAAUGCGGGCACUGUCGUGACGUCAACCAAUGUUCCAAUAUUAAUGGGACUUGUUUGACAGGAUGUGAUGCUGGUUAUCAAGGGGACUUGUGUAAAACACCAUGUGGUCAAGGAUAUUAUGGUGCUGAAUGUCAACAAGAAUGUGGACACUGUCAUGACUUAACUCAGUGCGUCCACACCAACGGGUCUUGUUUAACGGGAUGCGAAAUUGGUUUUCAUGGGGAAACAUGCCAAACACCUUGCCCAUACGGAUUCUUUGGACUGGAUUGUGCUGACAGAUGUAAAGACACCUGCGAUGGUUGUAACAGAUUCAAUGGUUCUUGUGAUUCUGGGUGUAACCCUGGAUGGCAGGGAUAUGACUGCCAAGAUGCAUGUGGUCAAGGAUAUUAUGGUGCUGAAUGUCAACAAGAAUGUGGACACUGUCAUGACUUAACUCAGUGCGUCCACACCAACGGGUCUUGUUUAACGGGAUGCGAAGUUGGUUACCAUGGGGAAACAUGCCAAACACCUUGCCCAUACGGAUUCUUUGGACUGGAUUGUGCUGACAGAUGUAAAGACACCUGCGAUGGUUGUAACAGAUUCAAUGGUUCUUGUGAUUCUGGGUGUAACCCUGGAUGGCAGGGAUAUGACUGCCAAGAUGCUUGUGACCAGGGAUCAUUUGGAGAUAACUGCCUUCAAAAAUGCGGGCACUGUCGUGACGUCAACCAAUGUUCCAAUAUUAAUGGGACUUGUUUGACAGGAUGUGAUGCUGGUUAUCAAGGGGACUUGUGUAAAACACCAUGUGGUCAAGGAUAUUAUGGUGCUGAAUGUCAACAAGAAUGUGGACACUGUCAUGACUUAACUCAGUGCGUCCACACCAACGGGUCUUGUUUAACGGGAUGCGAAAUUGGUUAUCAUGGGGAAACAUGCCAAACACCUUGCCCAUACGGAUUCUUUGGACUGGAUUGUGCUGACAGAUGUAAAGACACCUGCGAUGGUUGUAACAGAUUCAAUGGUUCUUGUGAUUCUGGGUGUAACCCUGGAUGGCAGGGAUAUGACUGCCAAGAUGGUUGUGUCCAGGGAUCAUUUGGAGAUAACUGCCUUCAAAAAUGCGGACACUGUCGUGACGUCAACCAAUGUUCCAAUAUUAAUGGGACUUGUUUGACAGGAUGUGAUGCUGGUUAUCAAGGGGACUUGUGUAAAACACUGUUUUUAAUAGCAUGUGGUCAAGGAUAUUAUGGUGCUGAAUGUCAACAAGAAUGUGGACACUGUCAUGACUUAACUCAGUGCGUCCACACCAACGGGUCUUGUUUAACGGGAUGCGAAGUUGGUUAUCAUGGGGAAACAUGCCAAACACCUUGCACAUACGGAUUCUUUGGACUGGAUUGUGUUGACAGAUGUAAAGACACCUGCGAUGGUUGUAACAGAUUCAAUGGUUCUUGUGAUUCUGGGUGUAACCCUGGAUGGCAGGGAUAUGACUGCCAAGAUGCUUGUGACCAGGGAUCAUUUGGGGAUAACUGCCGUCAAGAAUGCGGGCACUGUCGUGACGUCAACCAAUGUUCCAAUAUUCAUGGGACUUGUUUGACAGGAUGUGAUGCUGGUUACCAAGGGGACUUGUGUAAAACACCAUGUGGUCAAGGAUAUUAUGGUGCUGAAUGUCAACAAGAAUGUGGACACUGUCAUGACUUAACUCAGUGCGUCCACACCAACGGGUCUUGUUUAACGGGAUGCGAAAUUGGUUAUCAUGGGGAAACAUGCCAAACACCUUGCCCAUACGGAUUCUUUGGACUGGAUUGUGCUGACAGAUGUAAAGACACCUGCGAUGGUUGUAACAGAUUCAAUGGUUCUUGUGAUUCUGGGUGUAACCCUGGAUGGCAGGGAUAUGACUGCCAAGAUGGUUGUGUCCAGGGAUCAUUUGGAGAUAACUGCCUUCAAAAAUGCGGACACUGUCGUGACGUCAACCAAUGUUCCAAUAUUAAUGGGACUUGUUUGACAGGAUGUGAUGCUGGUUAUCAAGGGGACUUGUGUAAAACACCUUGCACAUACGGAUUCUUUGGACUGGAUUGUGCUGACAGAUGUAAAGACACCUGCGAUGGUUGUAACAGAUUCAAUGGUUCUUAUGAUUCUGGGUGUAACCCUGGAUGGAAGGGAUAUGACUGCCAAGAUGCUUGUGACCAGGGAUCAUUUGGGGAUAACUGCCGUCAAGAAUGCGGGCACUGUCGUGACGUCAACCAAUGUUCCAAUAUUCAUGGGACUUGUUUGACAGGAUGUGAUGCUGGUUACCAAGGGGACUUGUGUAAAACACCAUGUGGUCAAGGAUAUUAUGGUGCUGAAUGUCAACAAGAAUGUGGACACUGUCAUGACUUAACUCAGUGCGUCCACACCAACGGGUCUUGUUUAACGGGAUGCGAAGUUGGUUAUCAUGGGGAAACAUGCCAAACACCUUGCACAUACGGAUUCUUUGGACUGGAUUGUGCUGACAGAUGUAAAGACACCUGUGAUGGUUGUAACAGAUUCCAUGGUUCUUGUGAUUCUGGGUGUAACCCUGGAUGGCAGGGAUAUGACUGCCAAGAUGCUUGUGACCAGGGAUCAUUUGGGGAUAACUGCCGUCAAAAAUGCGGGCACUGUCGCGACGUUUACAAGUGUUCCAAUAUCAAUGGAACAUGUUUAACUGGAUGUGAUGCUGGUUACCAAGGGGAUUUGUGUAAAACACCUUGCCCAUAUGGAUUCUUUGGACCGGAUUGUGCUAAGAAAUGUGAAGACACCUGCGAUGGUUGUAACAGAUUCAAUGGUUCUUGUGAUUCUGGGUGUAACCCUGGAUGGCAAGGAUAUGAGUGUCAGGAUGAAUGUGAUAGAGGAUCCUAUGGAAAUGGGUGCAUCGAAACAUGUGGACACUGUCGUGAAGUAAACCAAUGCUUCCAAACUAACGGAACAUGCUUAUCUGGAUGUUCUGCUGGUUUUCAAGGGAAUUUGUGUAAAACACCGUGCCAGCGCGGGUUCUUCGGAGAAAACUGCCUUAGGAAAUGCCUCAAUAAUUGUGCAGGUUGUAAUGGUGUAAAUGGUCUUUGUGAAUAUGGAUGCCUUAAAGGAUAUACAGGAUACUUCUGCGAAAACGCUUGUUCAUAUGGAUUGUUCGGACAAGAUUGUAUAGGCGAAUGUAACGACACGUGUACGGGCUGUAACAAUGUGAAUGGUCUGUGUGACAGAGGAUGCAUCCCAGGCUGGAGGGGAGAAUACUGUGAAAAAGAAUGUGAUAGAGGAUCCUAUGGAAAUGGGUGCAUCGAAACAUGUGGACACUGUCGUGAAGUAAACCAAUGCUUCCAAACUAACGGAACAUGCUUAUCUGGAUGUUCUGCUGGUUUUCAAGGGAAUUUGUGUAAAACACCGUGCCAGCGCGGGUUCUUCGGAGAAAACUGCCUUAGGAAAUGCCUCAAUAAUUGUGCAGGUUGUAAUGGUGUAAAUGGUCUUUGUGAAUAUGGAUGCCUUAAAGGAUAUACAGGAUACUUCUGCGAAAACGCUUGCCCAUAUGGAUUGUUCGGACAAAAUUGUACUGGUGAAUGUAACGAUACAUGUACGGGUUGCAACAAUGUGAAUGGUCUGUGUGACAGAGGAUGUCAUCCAGGUUGGAGGGGAGAAUACUGUGAUAUAGAAUAUAUCUCCAGAAACAACGCUUGCCCAUAUGGAUUUUUCGGACAAAAUUGUACUGGUGAAUGUAAUGACACAUGUACGGGUUGCAACAAUAUAAAUGGUCUAUGUGACAGAGGAUGUCAUCGAGGUUGGAUGGGAGACAACUGUGAUAUAGGUAGAUUACUUCAUACGGCAUGCGUUUUUGUUGUUAAUAUAAAAAAAAAUGUAUCCGUAUUUCAUAGCCAUAAUAUCUAUCAGUUCGUUAAAGAUAUACUUUCAUAUUUUUAUUCUAAUAGCAGUCUUCUUAAAAUUAUUUAUACAGAAUUUAUCUCCAGAAACAACGUUAGUAAUUAAAACGUUUUUGACAAGACAUGUUUUUGUGUGCUUUAGAACAUUUUUAUCAUGAUGUAUAUGCUUGCGGUUCGUUUUGUAUAUGAUAGGUAAACAACUGUUUAAAUAUUCUGAUAUAACUCCUGAUCGUACACCUGAACGUUAACACUGUAAGCAAGUUCACAUAAUAUCUAGUCAUUCUCUGAUUUUUAUUUUAAAAAAUCUCCACAACUUUACUCUUUAUUCAUAUAACUGCAUUUUAAUGUCGCUUUAGAAAGGUCGCAUCAUCUAAUAUGACUGACAAAUUCUAUUAUUACCUUAGUUAUUAAUUGAGAUUUACCUCGGGUGUAUUUCAUACACCCAGAGGCUAAAAUUCAACCCUUGAAAAACUUCCUUUGAACAAAGAUGCAAGUCUUUAACACCUGCAUGGCAGAUGUUUGACGUACAUGUAAUUCGUUGAGUGCAAUGUUGGUGAGUAUUUAAACCAGUUACAAACAAAUAACCACAAAACGAAAAAAAGAACAAUCAAUGAAUGAAUUGUACAACAAUAGAGAAAGAAAAAACCAGAGAUACAUUAAUGGUUUUCUUGUAGAAUUAUACAUCUGGUAUAUCUACAAAUAUUUACAUUAUUACGCGAAUGCUUACGCGAAAGCUUAUCGAAAAAAGGAUGAUCGUACCGUAUGAUCUUCUUCAAAAUAUGUCACGUGUAUGCAGGGAUUUUACUGGUAGGUAUUAAACAGAUAAAAGAACAUGAAUUGCUCAGUCGGUAAGACACUUUUUAUUAUGAAUCCCUAUUUUAUUGUUUUAUUUGCAAAGUAAACGGUCUGUAUAUAUUUUAACAUCUAAAGUUACAAAUAGUGACUGAAAAAAAUAAUUUUGAUAAAAUUUCAAAAAUCUGACACAAUUUAAUUCGCAUCUUAUUUUUCUUUUAUAACUUUACAUCCCAUUAUACUUUCUCAUUUUUACUUGCCAUGAUACAUUUAUUUUAAGAUGUGUAUAUAUUUCUGUUUAAAGUGAGAUAAUAUUUUUAUUCGGUUUUAUUUUACAUAACAUUAUCACGUAUUGUUCUUCAACAACUUAGCUUGAUGUAUUAAUUUUCUUUGUUAUUUAUGUAAGUACAUGUAGUAGGUCUGUAAACGUAAAACAAUGUAUAUCAACAAUACUAUUCUUUUUAAAAUCAUGUUUUCAAAGAGGUAACUCAUCGAGUCAACUCAUUCACCUUUAGCAGUUCCGAAAGUACUUGCAACUUUGAUAUUCAUCACAUCAACAUGUCUGAUUCAAAAAGAAUUGCACUGUAAUUUGUCGAUUCUCCAUUGUCCCACAUUCCACUCACCGUGGAGGCUGGGGGGGCGCAGACAAAGUAAUUCGACCUCUUAAGAAACCGACCAUACAGUGGUGAUAAAAUGUGCUGAUAACGAAUAGUAUUCACAAUUAAAAGUCUAAAGAAAAAAACGGAAACAGGAGCAGACUUUUACUCAAAUUAAAGAUAUACAUGAUGUAACAGUCAAGGAACAAGCUGACAGAAAUACAAUUUUAGUAUGAACUUAAUAUCUUUCGGAUACAGGAAGAAGUGGCUCUUAACUAUACCGUAAUGGAUAUCAAAGAACUUUUUAAAAAAUAGAUCAGAUCUUUUUUAAACAUUUUAUACUGUGAUUUGAAAUGCGGAUUUAGUAGAUUAAGUUAUUAGAAUUACAAUCAAAGUGUUGCUGUCAAAACUUCACAUAUUUUUUGGUAUCAUAAUUCUCCUGACUGCAUUAUAUGGCCUUUUCUCUGUUUCCAGACUAAAGUAUUUCGUAAGGGAUCAUAUGACGCACUAUUUUGAAAAGCCAACAAUGGUCACAAAAAUCAUUGUUAUAUGAUUAUAUAGAUCAAGGUAUUUACGUGCUGUGUACAUUAGCAAAGGCUUUUUGACGUUAAUAUUGGUAUAAUUUGAUACUGAUUUUUCGUUUUAUCAAUUUUGUGUUAUCUUAAGAAAAAUUUGAUAAAACAUUUUCAGACCCGAUUUCCUGUUUCUUAAACGCUGUUAUUUUCUUUAUAAACACCUUUUUAUAAGUGUGGUAUAUUUUAAAAACAAGAGCUAAAAUGCUUUUGGUUUUGUUUUUUCAUCUGAAGAUCAGGUGCAAAAGUAAAUAAUUAUUUUGGUUUCAAAUAUGUAAAUGUUUGAUCCACUGAAGUUUCAUCCAUCGUUUUCUAUAUAAACUAUAUCAAAAGGUUUAUCAUCUGUUUUAUACUUACACUUCAAUAGAAGUAUUUUAUUAUGUUUUAGAAUUGAGAUUAAUUAUAAAAUGAAUUUAUAAGGAACAAAAACAAAAUUAAAACAAAUAUGCCAGUG